AUGGGAGAAGACCCUAUGAAGCGCAACCAAAGUCUUUACUACCAGUACCACCAAGUGCGAGGGCACACCACUGAAGAUUGCAAGACAUUGUGGAGUCAUUUGAAGCAGUUGGUUAAAAUUGGGAAGUUAAAGCAAUUCCUAUAUCAGCCCAAUAGGCAUAGUAGUCAGGCAGGGUUGGGGGCUCAGAGAGACGCUUCUAUAAGACCAUCUUUAGGUAUAGUUAAAGUCAUUCUUGUUACUCUAGAGAGAACUAGUUCUCAGCCAUCAAGGGUGCUAUCAAUAGCUCAGCCAUUUAUUGAAGACUUACCCCCUAAUUCGAAGAGGAGUAGAGUGGAGGUCCGACUAGAUUUGAGCUUCUCCGAUGAGGACAAAGUUGGAACCUUGCAGCCAAACGAUGAUGUCCUGGUGGUUACUCUCAGGAUAGGAGAGUAUGAUGUGAAGAGGGUGCUGGUAGAUCAGGGCAGCAGUGCAGAGAUCAUGUAUCUUGACCUAUUUAGGGGACUGAAGCUGAGGCCCGAGGAUCUAACCUACUAUGACUCCCCUCUGAUAGGGUUUGAUGGGAAGAUUGUUUUCCGGAAGGACCAAAUUAGACUGCCUAUUCAGGCAAGGUCAGAAGUCAUGGAAGUGAAUUCCAUCGUAGUAGAUGCCUACUCUCCCUAUACUACUAUUGUGGCAAGACCUUGGCUUCGUGCCCUGGGAGCCGUGUCUUCCACCCUUCACUUGAAAGUGAAGUACCCAUCAGGGGACCAAGUCGAGGAGCUGGUCAAAAGCCAGUCUAUGACUAGACAAUGUUUGGUGGCUGCAAUUAGACAUCAGGCUGGAGGCGAACCCUCGAGAUUUGCCAAGCAGGAUUUAUAG